CACAUCCAUAUCUAGCAAAGAAAGUUGGACUAUGUAUUUUGGAAGUACAUGAAAUCUUUGAAAAAUAUUUUCCAAAACCAUAGGACCAUAUUGUGCAAGUAUAUCUCAUGGCAUAAGCAGUCAUGGAAAACAUCACGUCUGAUCAGUGGAAAGAGAUUGUGAACAAAAAGUUGCAUUUUCCUCCUGAGUUGAUUGCUGCCAUCCAUGAGGGAAAUAGUGUGCUUGUUAGCAAGCUGCUGUCCACUGGAGAUGGCAUCAUUCGCCAGCUGGAUGAUUCUGAAGAUCGGCUCUGGAGGGAGGCUCUUAACCUUUCCAUCCGCCUGGGCAACGAAGACGUGAUGACCACCCUUUUUCUAGGGGUCAAGUUUGACUUCCGUCAGAUCCAUGAGGCCCUCCUCGUUGCUGUGGAUACCAACCAGCCACGGAUUGUGAAGCUACUGCUCGACCGGCUCGACCAGGAGAAAGGCAACAAGAUGGAUGUGCGCUCCUUCUCGACAGCCAUCUUUGACCACUCAAUCGAUGACUCUCAGUUCGCCCCGGGAGUGACCCCGCUAACACUCGCCUGCCAGAAAGACCUGUAUGAGAUCGUCACCAUGCUGACUCAGAGGGGACACGACAUCCCCCUGCCCCACGCCAUAUCCUGCAUCUGCCUGGAGUGCCGCAACGCCCGGCAGUACGACCUGCUCAAGUUCUCCCUCUCCCGCAUCAACACCUACAGAGGGAUUGCCAGCCGUGCCUACCUGUCUGUCACUGCUGAGGACCCCAUGCUCAGCGCCUUCCACCUCAGCCGUGAGCUCCGCAGGCUCUCCAAGAAAGAACCAGAGUUCAAGCCCCAAUACUUGCAUCUGGAGGAGUUGUGUCAGGAGUUUGCCGUGGAGCUGCUAGCCAUGUGCCGGAACCAAAGCGAGGUCACCACCAUCCUGAACAACUAUGACGCCGACAGUGAUGAUGACGUAGAUGAUCAAACAUUUGACGAGGGAAUCCCAAAUUUAUCCCGUCUCCGUCUAGCUGUCAACUACAAUCAAAAACAGUUUGUGACUCACCCCAUCUGUCAGCAAGUUCUGUCCUCUAUUUGGUGCGGGAAUCUCUCCUGGUGGAGGGGAAGUAAGACUGCAUGGAAGCUUCUGGUGUCUCUCGCCAUCUUCCUCACAAUGCCCUUCCUCUGUCUUGUCUACUGGGUGGCCCCAAAAUCCAAGUUUGGGAAGACCAUGAAGAUCCCUGUGAUUAAAUUCCUGCUCCAUUCUGCAUCUUAUAUGUGGUUUCUAAUCACUCUCCUGGGCGAGUCCAUCUUCAUGGAGAUCUACAGAGUCGACUUUUCUUCCCGCACACAGAACUUCCUGCACAACUCUCUACACAUGGUUUGGGUAGUUGGUUUCUUCUGGUUUGAAUGUAAAGAGGUUUGGAUUGAAGGCCUCAGAAGCUACUUCCUGGACUGGUGGAACAUUCUAGACAUGAUGGUCCUCAGCAUGUAUCUGGCCUCCUUUGCCCUGCGAGUCCUUAUCAUGCUGAAAGGAUACUUCGUAUGCAAAGACCCAAAUGCAGUGGAGGACUGUGUUUACUUCACAGAUUCAGUGAGAAAGGACUGGCGACAGGAAGACCCGCAGUUCCUCUCGGAGAUCCUGUUUGCAGUCACCAGCAUGCUCAGCUUCACCCGCCUGGCCUACAUCCUGCCUGCCCACGAGUCGCUGGGAACCCUGCAGAUCUCCAUCGGGAAGAUGAUUGACGACAUGAUGAGAUUUAUGUUCUUGCUGAUGAUAAUUGGAACUGCAUUCCUCUGUGGAAUUAACAACAUAUAUGUGCCUUAUGUUAACACCCCACACCUUGGGCAGUUUAAUGAAACUAUUAAUUUCCUAUUUUGGACCAUGUUUGGUGUGGCCAAUCAGGACUAUGUGGAUAUGCCAGACUAUGUGCUGGCUGAAUUUGUGGGGAGAAUCUUUUAUGGAAUAUUCACUUUGGUUAUAGUCAUUGUGCUUCUCAAUAUGCUUAUAGCUAUGAUCACCAACUCCUUCCAAAAGAUUGAGGAUGAUGCUGAUGUUGAGUGGAAAUUUGCCCGCUCCAAACUCUACCUGAGCUACUUCCGAGAGGGCCUCACCAUGCCAGUGCCUUUCAACAUCAUUCCUUCACCCAAAGCCCUGUUUUACUCUGUGAGGGGUACCUUUCGAAAGCUUUGUUGCUGUUGCGGUCGAAAGAGCAAUCCAGAAUACCCUCCAAUUGCAUCAAUGACCCAGACGACAUACUGA